UAACAAUAAAUAAAAUUAUUAUUAUUUUUUUUUUAUUUUUUGUUAAUUCAGAUAUGAAGAAAAUAUUUAUUAAAUAAAAAAUAAAUUUAUAAAUCUUCCUUAACCUACUUAUCUUUUCAAAUAAACGCAGUAUAAAGAGCAAGAGUUGACUAAUAGGUGAUAUAAGUGGCCGCCCGGUUAGCUCAAUAGGUAGAGCGUUUGACUGUUAAUUGUGCGACCCGGGUUCGACGGCGCAGGUAACUCUCAUUUUGAUUGAUCAUGAAAUCAUUCCUACAGUCAUUCGCACUAUACCUCUGCUCUGGCAUGAACAUAAGUUUUAGUUCCUUGUAAAGGUGAAGGCAAUCAGUACUGGUAAGCUGCUUGAUAGCCUGCCCAGGAACGAUGCGGUGGUUGAACUGUGCUCUGGUGAAUUCAGUGUGACUUACAGCCGUGAUUCGGAGUGAUAUACUACCAACGCACAAUCACAAUUUAAACUGUCAUGCUCUAUUUUAUGACCCUGCUGCACAACAUUUUUAGGGUUUUAUAUCAUAAAUCUGAUGCUCUUGGAACCCUACAAUUUGUUUUUUCAAAUCAAGCCUAAAUGUCAAAAUUGACCCUGCCCUAGGGAACUUUGAUUUUUCCUUUUAUGUUUAUAGUAUGGUAAAAACAUGUCUUUAAUUUGUAUCUAAAUCUACAAAAGCUUAGUUUCAAUAGCAUCCGGUGAGUGACUCCAUAGCAGCCAUUUACUUUAAGAUCCUGCAACUCAAUAUUUCAUGGGUUUAUAUCAUAAAUAUAAUGAUCAAAUGAAGAUUGUAGUUCGAAAAAAGCAUAAUUUGUAAUUAGAAAUUAAUUUUCUAUAAAGUCUGAGUCAGUUUUUCUAUAACAAAUGCAUGCAUAUAUUUUAAUGAUAACAUAUAAUGUGUCGCUGUUCAUAUUUUACAUAUUCUUCGAUGUUAGAAAAUUGGUCGAUGAUUUAUAGGUAAAGUUCGAAUAUGGAUAACUUGGGGUAAAAUCAAGGUCACACAGCCUUGAUAUUGGAAAACCUUGUUUACACUCUAGGAGUUUCUGUUUAAUACAACAUUUCCUUGAAAUUUGUCAGAAUGGUAGUUAUAAUGAUUUCAAGCCAGGUCAAGUUUGAAUAUGGGUCACUUGUGUUCAGAAUCUAGGUCACACAGCCCUUAUAUAGAAAAAAACCUUGUUUACACCUUAGAGGCUACUGUUGUGAUGCAAAUAUCUUGAAAACUGGCCAGAAAGGUUGUUUUGGUGAUUACUAGGUCAGGAUUAAAUAUGGGUCUUAUGUGGCUAAAAACUAGGUCACAUAACCCAAAUAAAACUGGAUUGAGCCUUCAUAAUCAGGCGAGCGAUAUAAGGGCCACCAUGGCCCCAUUGUUUAAAUUUUUCGAGUGUUGUUUGUCAAAACUAAUAAUAAUACUAUUUAAUUUAUAUCUCUUCGAAGACACUGUUUUCUUUUCUAAGUCGAAAUUCCCAUUUGAUUAAACGUCAUUUAAAGAUAACAUAACUCAGCUCUAACGAAAUACUUAUGUUAAAGGAAACUGAAUGCACAUGUCAAUAAAAGAUAAAUAUGUGUGUAACAUCAAUUUUAAAACUACACAGUGCAAGUAUCGCAUUGAGGUUAUAUAAUAACUCUGUCAAGUCAAACAGCAAAACAAGUUAUGUUUAUUUCUCAUAUUAGUAUUCAAAACGACUGAUAUGCAUAAAUUUGUUUAAAUGAUUUUAUUUUUCAUUUUAACGUCAGUUGAAAGUAACCUCUCUAUGCCUAAAACAAAGGUAUCAGAGAUGGAUUGCGUCGUUGGUUCCUCAAUACCGAAAAUGAAUUGGUGUGAUAGAACAUUUGACUGCUUAGACUUUACGGAUGAAUUGUCAUGUCAGAACAAAUUUAAAGAUCACAAUCUCACGAUUAUUGGCAAACCAAUGAUGCAGUCUAAUUUACCUAAACGACUUAUUCGCGAGGCAUAUUUUACCUGUGAACAGAGCAAAGAGUGGAUAUCUACAUUAGCUAAAUGUGAUAACGUCAUAGAUUGUCUCGAUGCUUCAGACGAAGUCAAUUGUUCUCACGAUAAAAUUGAAUGUGAUGACAACGAAUUCUCUUGUGAUGGCGGACAUUGUAUUAAAUUAAGUCACAUGUGCGAUUUUAUAUCCGACUGUGUGGACGGUACAGAUGAAAAAUGUGAAUACCGAGAGUGUGAUAAAAAUGAAAUUCCUUGUGAUAAUAAACAGUGCAUUCCAUCAGAAAAACACUGUAAUGCUAUACCUGACUGUUUGGAUAAUAGCGAUGAAAAUAACUGUGAGUCCUGCAGAAAUUCAUUUCUUUGUUCUGGUGAUUACAAAUGCAUUCCUUUUCGUCUGAUAUGUGAUCGAUACCCGGACUGUACGGACAGCAGUGAUGAAAUGAUUUGUAAUGGGUUCAAAAUUCCAACACCUGUUGAUUUUUCUCUGACACGGAAAGUUUAUGAUAUGGCAUUACGUACAGGAAGUCAACCAAUUACAAAGGAAUCGGGAAGAAUAGCUGUUCGACUUCAUUUAUACGAUAUGCAGCUGUUUCAUGAGUGGGGUUAUUCAUGUUUUCUUCGGGUAAAAACGAAUUGUCAACUAAAAUUCCGUGAAGCGGCUAUUGUUGACAAUUUUAAUGAAAACUUUGCAUAUCCGUUUUGUAACUGCACAGUAGAAAAAUCCGGAAUUGUUGAUAGGACAAUAUGCGAUGGAACUGAAAUUGACUUGAACGUCAACCCAAAUAUAACCUUUGACACCGCCGAUAUGUUUGACAAGCAAUUGCGCUCGCGUUAUUUCGAGACAAGACACUUAAUGCUGUUCACAUAUACUGCUUAUUGCACGUACGAAUACAAUGUGACCGAAUAUGAUGAGUUGUUUCAUUGUAAAAGAGACGGCAAAGCCAUACCAAAGUCGAUGAUGUGUAUAUAUGCCGUAGAUACAAGCGGUUACAUGACUGGAUGCAGAUCUGGAGAUCAUUUACAGCAAUGCGCUUGUGGAGACUCGGAUAGAGACGUAAUCAUAUUUGUAGAAAAUGAUGACUCUGAGAGCAGAGAAGCAGCAACGCAUUUAGCUAAACAAUUUUUCGCAAACAGUAACAAUAACAUCGUAAGAUUGUUUUAUUUUAAGAUUCUGCAUAGAGAAUUGAAGUUUGACAUAGAUUACAGGCUAUUAGAAAUAAACAUAGAACGUGUUAACGGAGAACAGGAAACUAAGGAAACUGGAUGCGAGUUUAAAACCAUGGCAAGAGACGUUCUUAAAAAACUGCAGUUUUCGAAGCCAGAAAAAAGAGCAAUUAUUGUAUUGGAAAACAGUAUUGAAUCAUCAGUUGUCGCUAGCUUAGCAUUGUCCAAUAUUUCAGAGCCAUCGUUUUCAAUCUAUCGGUUGAUAAAAGAUUUUAGUUCUUCACUUUACAAAGAUAACAGAUACAAAUUUGUAAAAGAUAUACACAUCAGCAAAUGGAGUUCUCUUUUUUCGAUUGGAUUCAGACGAUUUCCGGAAAUAUGUACAGAGGCUACAAUCGUACCAUGUGCUGGGAAGUACAGAUGUUUGUCUAGUAAGCAAUGUAUACCAUUUGAACAAGUAUGUGAUGAUGUCAUUCAUUGCAGAAAUUGUGAUGAUGAACGACUUUGUAAUUCUGUAUGUCCAGAGAAAUGUAAUUGUACCGAUGAUGUUAUCAAUUGUAAGGCAACCAAUAUAUCAAUGUCUGAUAUUUUAUCAUUGACUACACAGGCUAGAAGUCUUGAUCUAAGUAUAAAUCCACAAGUUAAAGAAAUACCUAAACACAAUUUAAAAUUUCCUUACAUGUUACGACUAAAUAUUUCAUCAUGUAGUAUUCAUUAUAUUGAUGAAAGGGCUUUCUUUGACUUGAAAAAUUUGUUAUCAUUAGAUCUUAGCAACAAUAGAAUACAGCAAUUACCUGAUAUGGUAUUUAGCAAGCUUCGCCAUCUGACUUAUUUGAAUCUGGACAGAAAUAUAGAAUUAACAGUGAUUUCAUCGACUGCUUUUAAAGGUUUGGAAGCAGUAAGAAGCUUAAAAAUAUCCGGCACAAACCUGAAAAAGAUUAGUUCACUUACAUUCUCUGGCUUGCAGUUGGACAGUAUCGAUAUUUCGUACAACAGAAUUGAGGAAAUUGAAGAUUUUGCCUUUAACAAUACGCUAGUUCAUAAAAUUAACUUUGAAGGCAAUAAAGUUAUAAAAUUCGGAGAAUAUAUGUUUAACGGCGUAAACUCACUUCGGGAGCUUCAUACACCUGCAUUUAAAUUCUGCUGUAUCCGGCCUUAUUAUGUUCGUGAAGAAGAUUGCAAACCAUUGAAGAAUGAAUUUUCUUCAUGUAAAGACCUGAUGAGAAACUGUGUACUUCAAGCUGUCCUUUGGAUAGUUGGGGUAGCUUCAUUGCUCGGGAACGUAUCGUCAAUUAUCUACCGUCUCGUGUACGAUCGUGAAAGGCUAAAAAUAGGUUAUGGCAUAUUUGUAACAAACCUAGCAGUUGCAGAUUUCCUGAUGGGUGUUUACCUCAUCAUGAUAGCAGUUGCUGAUUCACUCUAUAGAAACAGAUAUAUCUUUGUGGACGAUCAAUGGAGAAACAGUAAUUGGUGUAUUACUGCCGGAGUUUUGUCUACAAUUUCAUCUGAAGCCAGUGUCCUCUUUCUUUGCUUGAUAACAUUAGAUAGACUUUUAGUGAUCAAGUUUCCGUUUGGUACAGUGAGGUUUGGACCUAUGAAGGCCUAUAUCUCUUGUGGAGUGUGCUGGUUCAUUUCAAUCAUCCUAUCGGUCAUUCCAAUUCUUUACACAAGUCACUUCCAAAACGAAUUUUACUCUAGAACAGGAGUUUGUAUUGCAUUGCCUUUAACACGAGAUAAACCUCCAGGGUGGAUUUAUUCUGUAUCCAUUUUUGUCGGCCUGAAUUUAUGUACUUUCAUUCUUGUUGCUAUAGGACAAAUCUCAAUAUUCACAGAACUUCGACGAUCAACAUCAGUUAUGAAGAAGACACAAAUAUCAAGAAGACGUGACUUGAAAGUUGCUAGAAAUCUUAUACUCGUUGCAACAACUGAUUUCCUGUGUUGGUUUCCGAUAGGUGUGAUGGGUAUUUUAGCCUUGAACGGAUUUCCAAUUCCAAGUGAUGUUUAUGCAUGGUCAGUCGUUUUCAUUUUACCAAUAAACUCUGCUCUCAACCCGUUUUUGUAUACAGUGACAGCAAUAAUCGGGAAAAAGAGUUUCAAUCCAAGUCUUGAUGAGCAGAGUCGAACAGCGGUCCAGAAAGAAAUUGGCACCGCCAUUUUAGAAUAUCAGCAAUUUAGCAGAUCUGUGCGGAUGAUAAGUGAACUUGUACCAGUUGGGACGAAACGCAGUAUUCAAGAAAUUCUUGAUGACGACAGUUGCUUGUCAGUCAAUGUUGUUGCGGCUUUGUGCAAAGAACUUGCCGAUUAUCUAC